UGGAAUGAGUAACUUGCUGGCCCCACCCCGAGUGGGUCGGGCCCCGGUGUUGUUGCCCGGGGCCGCACGUGGUUGGGACCCAGCCCGCCCUGGUAUCCGGGCUCAGUGUCCUGUUCGCCACCAGCUCGCCAUGUCUACCUCCACUAGCUGCCCGAUACCCGGGGGCCGGGACCGGCUGCCCGACUGCUACAGCACCACGCCCGGGGGCACGCUGUACGCCACCACCCCGGGAGGAACUAGAAUCAUCUAUGAUCGGAAAUUCCUGCUGGAAUGUAAGAACUCACCCAUUGCCCAAACACCACCUUGCUACCUCCCCCAGAUCCCUGGGGUCACUGUCCCACCACAGGUCCCACUGGCCAAGCUGGAGGAAUUAAAGGAGCAGAAAGAAACUGAAGAAAUCCCAGAUGAAGCACAAUUUGAAAUGGACAUCUGACCUGAAGUAAUUGACUGUUAAACAAGAAUUCUGCCCCAGCCCCUGUGUGCUACUGCCAAGUGGCUCUUCUUACUGCAAUAAGCAGGGCCUCAACUUCCCCACCCAAGAGAAAGGCUUGUUAUUUCCAGUGGCUCCUUCAGUUCUCAGAAGUGACUGAGCCUAAGAUGAGGGGGAGGGAAGAUUUGGAUUUGGGGCAUGGGUAGGAGAAGGUGCUAUUCUAUGAAUGGGGGCCAUGUGGAUUUGGAAGUUCCUCCAUGAGCCCUUAAUACCCACUUUUUUUCUACUGGGUUGUGGGAUUGGAUGCCGCCCCCUGUCAGUGCUUAAUAAACACGACGAAAGACUU